AUGACGGAGCAGGUCGACCCUGCGUAUUCUCAUGCCAAUCCCGAAGAACGACGUUCGAAGCGAAAACGAAUUUCUCUAGCGUGCAAAUCGUGUAGAGUCCGAAAGACCAAGUGUGACGGGGUCCAGCCAGUAUGUGGAGCUUGCAUUGAUAUGAACUUGACUUGUGGGUAUGUUCGGCGGAAAGACUUGAAGUCUCAAAAUGCAGAAGAUAAUCUGCCACUUGAAAACAGGCUCAAAGCCAUAGAAGAAACCCUCCAAAUGCUGGUCACUCAGAAUGAAGAUGGCCCGAAGACAACUCGCGGUCAAGGGGAUACCAUUUCCUCACCGUCGGGAAGUGCACCGUUGGCUAGCCUGACAGCAUCAACACCUUGGACAAAUGAGACCAUCGGGGCCUCAUGCGAAACGGAGAUGACCCUGACACCACACCCGGAAACACUGAGCAGCGACACGGUGGACGGUAUGGUCAUUAUCACAUUCGCGGACGAAGCGGCGAACGCUCAUUUUGCAGGGUCUUCCUCCAACUCGGCUUUGUUUGCGCAAAUCAGAGGUGCACUCGCUGAGAUCUGGCAGAGCAAUCACCUUGAUAGGACCAAUCUGGGUCCUCAAGUGAAUGAUUCGACUUUGAUCUCCCGGCCGGCCUCGCCAACUCCCAGAUCCCAACUCAUCCGCAACCCCGACAAGCGAAUUAUGGAUCAUCUCUUACUACCGUCCAAGGGCUAUAUCUUAGCAUCGCUGAACUCGUUCUUCUCAAGUGGUAUAGGGGUGUUGUUUCCCUAUUUGUACAAAAAGCCGUUGGUAGAUGAGUUGGCAGUGAUUGGGAUUGGCGGACUUCGUGGCGUCCGACGAUCCUGGCUCUGUCUCCUGAACACAAUCAUGGCUUUCUCCGCAGAAAGUGUUGCUCCCACUUGGAAGACAAAGCCUACUUCUGACACUGUGACCUUUCUGAAUCGGGCUCUUUACCUACUCCCAGAGAUUGCGCUACAGCCAGCAGAUCUCGAGUCUUUCCAGGCACUUCUUCUGCUUCUUCAAUUUCUACAGGGAACACAGUAUUCUUCCAAAACAUGGGCCGUGAAGGGUCUUGUGGUGCAUGCAGCAUACCAGAUCGGUCUCCAUUCUUCCUCAGAGAACGCGAAAUACACGCCCCUGGAGCGAGAAAUACGGACGAGAUGUUGGCACAUGUGUACUAUCCUGGACAAAACUUGCAGCAUGACCUUCGGAAGGCCACAAGCUAUACAGGUUCGGCCCCCAGCCAUCGAUUUGCCAUGCGAAGUCGAGUUAGCCACCUUAGACGACGAUCCGUCCGCUAGAAAUUUCGAAACCGGGCAAACAGGUUCAGAAGCAGUGAUCGUUUUCACACAGUCCAUAAAACUGUAUGGGAUCGUCGCCAUGAUCUUAGACGAAGUAUACAAAAACAAUAUGAACGGCAACGAUACGAUUUCGAGCUUAGAUGUCUAUCACAGCAUCAUGUUGGUGGAGUCGAAGCUGGCAGCCUGGAGAGCGUCAGUGCCGCCUCAGCUUCAAAGCAUGAUUCCAUUCCCGGUGUCGUCCGGUAUGGAUACGAGCGUGGGCUUCGGCCAGGAGCAGGGUCUAGGAAUGGUCCUUACUUUACGUUAUCUUCACACCCGGAUGUUACUUCAUCGGCAGAUGAUCAGCUGUUUCCUGCGGCACGAGCGCACGGUAAAGACUGGCCACAGCGAAUUGCCCUUCUUAAUGGAGUUUGGCAAGUCCAGUCUUGAAGUGUGCCUUCGCUCGGCUGUACACAUCAUCGAUGGCCUGAGAUCUCAGUUCACAAAUGCUGGUCAAUUGCGCUCCUUGACCACAUCGUGGUUCCAAAUCUACUAUGGUAGCCCCACCGUGAGACACAAUGAGCGAGAAGCGUUUGACUAA